GUGGCGCGGCGCUCAGUCAGCUCGCGACCGCAGGCGGCACGGGUCGUGCCAUGCCAGUGUAGCCGCCAUGCUCGUCCCGCCAGAGAUGAUGGCAGCGCAGUCCAAGCUCGUCUACCAGAUGAACAAGUACUACAACGAGCGGGUGGCCAACAGGAAAGCGCAGAUCGCCAAAACGAUCCACGAAGUGUGCCGGAUCGUGCAGGAUGUGCUCAAGGAGGUGGAACUCCAGGAGCCGAGGUUCAUAUCCUCCUUGACGGACUACAAUGGCCGGUUUGACGGGCUGGAGGUGGUGUCGCCGCACGAGUUCGAGAUCGUCAUCUACCUGAACCAGAUGGGGGUGCUGAACUUCGUGGACGACGGCUCGCUGCCGGGCUGCGCCGUGCUGAAGCUCAGCGACGGCCGCAAGCGCUCCAUGUCGCUGUGGGUGGAGUUCAUCACCGCGUCCGGGUACCUCUCGGCCCGGAAGAUCCGCUCGCGCUUCCAGACGCUGGUGGCGCAGGCGUGCGACAAGUGCUCCUACCGGGACUGCGUCAAGAUGAUCGCGGAGACCACAGAGGUGAAGCUCCGAAUCCGAGAACGCUACAUCGUGCAAAUAACGCCCGCGUUCAAAUGCGCUGGCCUGUGGCCGCGAUCCGCCGCGCACUGGCCGCUGCCCGCCAUCCCCUGGCCGCACCCCAACAUCGUCGCCGAAGUCAAAACGGAAGGCUUCGACUUGCUCUCUAAAGAAUGCCUCGCGUUGCAAGGCAAGAACUCCGCAAUGGAAGGGGACGCGUGGGUGCUAAGCUUUAUAGAGGCUGAAAACCGACUGCUCCAAGGCGGUUGCCGGCGGAAGUGUCUCAGCACUUUAAAAACCAUCCGGGACCGGCAUUUAGACCUGCCGGGGAACCCCGUGACGUCAUACCACAUGAAGACUUUGCUCCUGUACGAGUGCGAGAAGCAUCCUCGGGAGCACGAGUGGGACGAGGCGGCUAUAGGAGACCGGAUCAACGGCAUCUUCCUGCAGCUGAUAUCCUCGCUGCAGUGCCGCCGCUGCCCGCACUACUUCCUGCCCCAUGUGGACCUGUUCAAGGGCAAGUCGCCGACGGCGCUCGAGAACGCCGCCAAGCAGGUGUGGCGACUCACGCGCGAGAUGCUCACCAACUCGCGCGCCUUCGAGAAGCUCUAAGACUGUGCUGUGUUGUGAUCCGUUCUAGAUGUUUCUGGACUAGUGAGUGAGUGUUGCUAGGAGAGUGGUUGUCAGUUCAUGUGCGAGUCUGCGGUUCGCUGACUGUAAGUAAAAGACGUUGUUGAGUCCUAGGCUUAUUUGAACAGACGGAUUCGUUAACUAUAUUUUUUUGUGAUAUAUUUUAUUAUUACGUAUACUUAAAACUUGUAAAUAAUUUAGUCGUUGUACAAUUUUAGUGAUAUUUAAUUUAAAAAUCAACCCUGUAUUUAUUUGACUGAGAUCUUCGAAAGUAUAUAAUCUAGAGUUAAAAUAAAUAACUUUUGAAAAAGG